AUGUCUCAACGCAAUGUCACCCUCCCUCUCACUCACGCUACCAUGGAGACCGAAAUCAGCAAGUAUGAUUUCGCCGGCCCGUACAUGGCGGACUCAGCUACUGAGACCCAAUUCAAACUCACCACCUGGGACCGUGCCGUGUCUGAUCACCUUUCACAAGAGGUGCGCAAUCGUACGAAGUGGGUUUUGCCUUGUACCAAGAUCGGUGAAUAUGUCUCUGACUUUGACCCUGAUGAUCACUUCCCAAUCGAGCUGAGAGACACCCAUUACUCCGACUUUGACACUCCUGUCUGGUCGGAACCCUUCAGCAUACUCGGCUUCGGCUCGAACGACCAAGCGGUCAUCUUUCAAGUCCGACUGGCCAUCUGCCAUGAUGUGACGAUUCGCGCGCGCUACUCUUACGAUGACACGAAGAACCCCAAAGGUUCAAAACGCGGCUUGGACUGGGUCAAUUCCGGACCUCUCACGGAAGGCAUCCCUCUCGAGGCGACACUUUCAACUUCACCGCACUUGAAUUGGUGGCCCGAAUCCGGCGAUGCCACCUGGAAGCUUGACACAGCCUUCAAGCGACCUCUCCAUGUGCUCACUUGGGACGAGUUGCCUGCCCUGACCUCGGCGGCCUUUACAGUCCCAAGAUUCGGGCCCCUGGACAAGGCGUUCGGUAAGCUGAUCAGUGGGAAGGAUACCAAGACGGUGAAGUUACCUUUGAAGGAAUUUGAGAUCGGCUGUGGGGCGAGCCGGAGUCUUCUACUCAAGUUUGAGCAGGGCAAGUAG